CGCCCUUUCUGCCAUGGCGGCGCGCGCGUUCGUUCAUGGCAAAUGAUUAACUUUACAAAACCACUUUAACAUCGCGAUGUCGCAUCAAUUUCUUGAUUCUAUAACAGGCCUCGCCAACAUCGAGAAUCAGUCAGCGAUACAGUCCAUUUUAGACACACAACCGACGACAGAGCCCAAUGCAACUCAAGUGGAAGAAGAAGACAUAUUCCAAUGUGGUAAGUGCAAGAGGCAGUUUUCCCUCCUCGGUCAUUUCAUCGCCCACAAGCAGGAGAGAUGUGUGAUACCGCCUCCAGUUCGGCCGGUUGUACAGAACACCACUUUGCUUCACAACAUUGGAGCCAGUGCCUUCAGUGCCAUAGGCGUGCAGAAUGGGGUCCGUACCCAACCCAUUUGUCAGACAGGCUACCAAACGUCUGUAUCCCAGGGCUCACUGCCACAGUUGACCCAGAAUGUAGUGUUGGCUGAUGACCAGGUCAUCUCAUUAAGUGACUUCACACACUCUGGCCAGGCUGGCAUUGUCCAGGCAAACACAAUACAGUUGACUCCAGCAGGAGGUGUUGUGCAGCCAGCAGGCCCCUUUCUCACCCAGCUGGCCCCUCGGCCCCAGAACAAUGUCACACUCCUCCCUGUCUCAGCGAUCUCCACCACGAUCCCGACUCAAGGGUCGGCUUUCACCAGCCCUGUAUCCUUGGCAACGACCUUGCACACUCUGGUUCAGCAACCUCAGCAGGUUACCAUAGCAACAGGGCUACCAGAAACUACUAAGCAGAUUCAUGGCGUCAAAUCCACUCGAGGUUUGACAUUAAUUGGGAAAAAAGCCAAUUCAACUGUAGCGGGAGGGCUGAGCGUGGGAAAGACUGAUAGAAGUGCACGAGACGAGACAAAGAAAACACAUGUGUGCCAGUUUUGUAACAAAGUGUUCUCUAAGAACUUCGAUCUCAACCAGCACAUCCGCUCUCACACCGGGGAAAAACCAUUCCAGUGUGUUGUCUGUGGCCGCGCAUUUGCACAGAAGUCAAACGUGAAAAAACACAUGUCUACACAUAAGGUGUGGCCUUCAACUCCAGGCACGCUGCCAACUCAGCCUCCCCCGCUUUUGGUUCCUGUUUCGGAGAUGGAAGUGACUCAGACCCCAGUGACGCUUGCUGGGGACCAGUCUCUGGCCAAGAUGCCCGAUGCAACACAGGAAGAAGCCAGUCCAGAUAAAGACACAGCUAAUGCUACAAUUGUGCCAGAUGAGAAAGGCGAUGAUGGGAAGUCCCAAGCUGGUAACCGUGGUAACUACAAGGUGAAGGUCGUCAUUGAUAACUCGUUCAUGUGUCAGUACUGUCCAGAGAAGUUCAAAACGUACCUGCAGCUCAAGUCUCACAUGGUCCUGCAUAAAAAUGUCCAGGUGUACCGCUGUACACAGAAGGAGUGUAAUGAGACCUUCCGUGACAUGGAGGCGUUCCUUGAGCACGUGGAAUCACACGGGGACGAUCUCACAUACCGCUGUCACCAGUGUAACCAGGUGUUUAACACGCUGUACGAGCUCGGGGUACACCAGUACUCCCAUAGCAUGUAUCACUCUCCCGGAAAAACUGGGCCCAAACACUACCAGUGUAACCUGUGUAUGAACAAGUACGCCACGCCAGAGGCCCUGCAGCACCAUAUGAGCUCUGCGUCCCACAACCAUGUCUGUCCUCACUGCAACAAGCGAUUCUUCAGUGAGCGGUUCCUCCGUAAACACCUCACCACACACGGGACAGAGUAUAACCACUUCUGCAACAUCUGCAAGAAGGAGUUCAAGUCGGAGUAUUACCUGAAGAUGCAUGCGUUCAUACACACGGGUGAGAAACCCUGGUCCUGUGAGCAGUGCGGGGCCUCAUUCAACAGGAAGGACAAGCUCAAGCGACACGCCCUCAUACACAACAAGCAGCCCAAAUACAAGUGUCCAUUUAAGACCAUCUGUGGAUGCACGAAGGAGUUUUAUCGGCCAGACAAGCUGAAGGCCCACCUGCUCACGCAUAGUAGGACGAAGCCUUGGAGGUGUAAGGAGUGUGGCAGGGAAUUCUCCCGUCGACCUCAGUACAAUGAGCACUUGCGGGGACAUAGCGGAGACUAUACAUACAAGUGUGACAAGUGCGGAAGGGGCUGGUUUCGAGUUAAACUGUUUCGGGAACAUGUCUGUAAUCCUGAUAAAACUGGGAAAAAGACACAUGUGUUCGUUCCUCGGAAGGUGAAGCGAAGGCCUGGUAGACCGAGAAAAGCAGUUAAUAUGAGUGCUAUGGUAAUGGAGUCUAGAGAUCAAAUAAUUAACGGAACUGGGGAGAUUUUACAGGAUAUGGAUUUAAUAAAAAGCGGUGGUUUGAAUGUAAGUAGGUUAAAGACCUAUAGGAGGCGGAAAAUUCUGAAAAGAGCGAAAAGGACGUAUAUUCAGGCUGCUCAGAAAAGGAAGAAAACAGUCACAAGCCAGGUAAAUAGAAAUAAUUUGAAAGAUAUGGACAAACAGAUUUUAGAGGAAGAUAAAGUUACGUCGACAACAGAAAAUGUCGUUUCUGCUGUGGACAUUAAAGCGACUGAGCAAACAUUUGUCACAGAUGCUUCUGGGAAUAUUAUCUGCAUUCAGCCAGUCACAGAAAGCAGUCAAGUUCAGUAUAAAAAGUCCAAACGUAGGUUUACAGAAUGCUAUGUUCAGGCCCCUCCAGCGAGCAUCGUGCCAGUGUCACUAGUGGAGAGGUAUAUCACCGUCCAGUUAACGACCGCAAACAAUGGCGAAGGUGGUGAAUUUCAAGCGCAGCUGAUUCCGACAGGUGAUUUACAGCAGAUCCAAUUCACUCCAGUUUUACAACCUGGACAAUUUGAUUUGCCAACUAGUACUUACCAAACGCCUUAUGUGAUUGAAGGUCAGCCACUGACCUUGACCGUCGGUCAGGGGGGUCAAUUGGGAGAAGUGGAUGUUUCGGAGCAGAAUGUUAUGGACAUACCGGUGGAUAUAGUAACAGUGUCCAGCGAGCAGGCGCUCGUCUGUGACCAAGAAGUGACCACGUCCAGUGACCAUGUCGUGGAUGAGGAACAAGUGUACGAGGGAAGUGCUGAUGAGGUCUAUCACGUCGACUCCAACACUGAACAAACGAACUAUGUUGAAGAGAUUGGUGAUUAUGAAACUGGAGAUACUGCCCUUCAGGGGUCAGAAAAUCUUAUUAAUUCUUCUGUGGAGAUUUUAGGUCCAGAAAAUAUGUAGUUGAAUUUGAACCCUGAUGUUUAAUAUGAAACUAUGGACACUGCCCUACAGGGGUCAGAAAGUCUUAUUAAUUCUUCGGUGGAGAUUUUGGGUCCAGAAAAUAUGUAGUUGAAUUUGAACCCUGAUGUAAAAUAUGAAACUAUGGACACUGCCCUACAGAGUUCAGAAAAUCUUAUUAAUUCUUCUGUGGAGAUUUUGGGUGCAGAAAAUAUGUAGUUGAAUUUGAAAGUUGAUGUUUAAUAUGAAACUGUGGACACUGCCCUAAAGGGGUCAGAAAAUCUUAUUAAUUCUUCAGUGGAGAUUUUGGGUCCAGAAAAAAUGUAGCUAAAUUUGAAGCCUGAUGUUUAAUUAUUAAUGAAGUAAACUUGUUUACUUGGAUUAAUCUCAUCAGUGAGGACCAAUGGGCAAAAACUCCUAUAGUAGAGUAUUGGUUGUAAAGCUGCUUAGUAGCUUUCAAAAGCAUUUUUCUAUAUUUAAAAAUGCAUAUAUGUUUCUUACAGAAACAAACUUUACAUGUUAUAUUUCUGUCUACUUUUUAAAGGAUUUAAUGUUAGUCAAAAUGAAACAUUUUUCCCAAUCAGAAAGGCCCCUGCUUCAUUCCAAAAAUAAUGGGAGAAAAACACAGACAUUAGAAUUGAGGAUAUAUACAUUGUUUCAAUAGUCAAAAAAAUUAUAUAAUUAUUUAUUACUUGGGCCUAAAAAAAAUAAUUGUUUGGUUAGGGUUACAUCCUUUUCAAAAAUAGGUAGGGUAGGUAGGCUUUUUUUUUAUUAUUAAGCUUUAUAUAAGAAUAUCAUUUUCAUCAUUGGAGAAUGGUGUUAAAGUUAUCUUUUGUAUAAGCAUUUAAGGUUUAAACCACAUAUUGAAAAGCAAUAAAAAAAAAAACGAAAAAAAAAAUAUUUUUUUUUUUUUUAGUUUUUCAUUUUUUUUUUCAAACUGACUAUAAAAUCGGUAGGGUCGGCGCCUAUUCCGUAGGUAGGGUCGGGUAACCCGAACCAAAUGUUUUUUUUUAGGCCUUGCUUGAAUUCUCCACCUUUAUUUAAUGCUAAACUUGUUAACAAUAUUUGUUUGUAUAAUAUAUUUCAUUGAAAUUAAAACUUUGUUCUAUUUGCUACACUAUUAUUGUGUUAAUUUAAUUUGAUUUAAUGAGGAAAUUGAAUUGUUUGUUUAUUUUAUUAUUUGAAAUAAAUUAUCUGCUAAAAUUC